AUAGCGACAAGAUUACGAUAAAAAAAUGCGACUGCUAAAUAAUAUGUAGUUGCUUUGUUAUACCUACUAAUGAAGUGCAGUGAAUUUGAAGACUAAAAAUUAUAAAACAUGUAUAUUUUCAUUUUCAUACUCAUUUUGUCUCUGCAGACCAUAGUUAGUGGAAAUUUAAAAAUAUGUAUACAAACGAAAGAUGAAAAUAAUACAGAAGAGGAUUUGUCACUAGAAGAUUUGAAAAGUUUUAUAGAUGAAUUGACUGAGCUCCUAAAAUUUAACUCGACCAUAUUCUCGGAUCACUUAGAUUUGGAUUUGAAGCAUGAAGCCCUAUCGAUGAAAGGAGAAAUAAACAAUGUCACAGUAGCAAACUUGGAUGAUCGUGAGCUGAGGCUUUUUCCUAACAUUAACUUUACAACAAAUGAAAUUGGAUUAUUGAAUUUAACUUUUAGCAACGUAUCGGUCGUAGGAGAGUACAAUAUCACUGGCAACAUAGGAGACCUAUUUGAUAUCUGGGGUGCAGGCCAUUUUAGGGCGAACUUGCUGAACUUUUCCGUAUCUGCAACAACAACAAUUCCAGUCGUAAACAGUACUUCUGUCUGUUUAUUCUUAGACGUUAAAGUAAAAUUGUCUGCAGUAGAGUCCUGGUUCGAUGGUCUAAUGGAUGACGAUGAACUGGAAGAAUUAAUAAACCAUGCUCUCGCUGCCAUAGCACCAGAAGCUGUUUCAAUAGUUUGGGAAGACACUAAAGUUGUGAUUGAUGAACCCUUAGAGAAGUGGAUAGAGUCAAUAAUAAAUGGAAACUCUUCAAACAUUGAAGAUGAUGCAUUCCAGAAAAGACGAAACGAUGUGUUGGAUAAUAUUCAAUAAUAAUUCUACGUGUAAUGUCUAGAACAAAAUGUAACAAAUUUUUAAUUAAUUAAUAAUGAAUUAACCAUUGUCUAAAAUUUUUGUA